GCCUGGGGCUUGUUGGGGGCGUUUCCUCGAAGAGUAGUGGCUGAGGGGUUCGGGCUGGCGUUGGUUUGGGAGGGUUGAAGGGCGCCCUCCCGAGUCCUUCGCGGCCCUGGGUCCUGCCUUCGUUUGGAGGAGGCCCCGUUCCCAAGACCGGGCCCGAGCCGGAUAAGUCCCAGUGACUCCUGUGCAAAGGUUGUCUGAUCCUCCCAAAGAAGUCAUGACCCACAAGUUGAGAACUGCUGAUUUAAAAGGACAUUCUCCAUCCUUAUGAUAUUUAAUUCUUCAGACCAGGAAGAAAAAGAUUUGUCCUAAGUCUCAUCUUUCAUAUUUUCCAGAUCACGGUCAUUAUUUGUGCCUAAUACUGCUUCAACUUCUCUUGCAGGUAGCCCACUGUGGAUAUGCUGCUGUUUUUUGCUUUGGGAUUGCUUGUCCAUUUUGUGUUCUUCGCCUCCAUCUUUGACAUUUAUUUUACAUCUCCUCUGGUCCAUGGAAUGACUCCUCAGUUUACACCUUUGCCUCCUCCAGCAAAGAGAUUAGUGUUAUUUGUUGCUGACGGCCUGAGAGCAGAUGCUCUUUAUGAAUUAGAUGAAGAUGGAAACUCCAGAGCACCUUUCAUUAGGAAUGUUAUAAUGCAUGAAGGCAGCUGGGGAGUAUCUCACACGCGUGUGCCAACAGAAUCUCGGCCUGGCCAUGUAGCCUUGAUAGCUGGGUUUUAUGAGGAUGUCAGUGCAGUUGCCAAAGGAUGGAAAGAAAAUCCUGUAGAAUUUGACUCUCUUUUUAAUGAAAGCAAGUACACAUGGAGCUGGGGGAGUCCAGAUAUCUUGCCUAUGUUUGCCAAAGGUGCUACUGGUGAUCAUGUUUAUACAUAUACUUACGAUGCUCAAAGAGAAGAUUUUGGUGCUCACGAUGCCACAAAACUGGAUACCUGGGUAUUUGAUAAAGUUAAGGACUUCUUUGAUGCUGCAAGAAACAACCAAUCUUUGUUCUCAAAAGUAAAUGAAGAAAAAGUAGUUUUUUUCUUACAUUUAUUAGGAAUAGAUACAAAUGGACACGCUCAUCGGCCGUCUUCCAGGGAAUAUAAGGACAAUAUUAAAAAAGUUGACGAUGGAGUGAAAGAAAUUGUGUCAAUUUUCAAGCAUUUUUAUGGAGAUGAUGGGAAAACAGCAUUUAUCUUUACCUCUGACCAUGGAAUGACAGACUGGGGUUCUCAUGGAGCUGGUCAUCCUUCAGAGACUUUAACUCCUUUCGUUACAUGGGGGGCUGGAAUCAAAUUUCCUCAAAACGUAUCAGCUCAGCAAUAUGAUGAUGAGUUUUUAAAAGAAUGGAGACUGGAAAACUGGAAGAGGCAAGAUGUCAAUCAGGCAGAUAUUGCACCGUUGAUGGCAUCCCUUAUUGGAGUCCCCUUUCCUCUUAAUUCGGUGGGAAUACUUCCUGUAGGUUAUCUUAACAACACUGGUCUCUUCAAAGCAGAGAGCAUGCUUACCAAUGCAGUACAGAUUCUUGAACAGUUCAAGGUGAAAAUGACUCAGAAAAAAGAAGCUACUUUACCAUUUUUGUUUACACCAUUUAAAUCACUGUCUGAUUCUCAGCAGAUGGACAUUUUAAGAAAAGCAAGAUCUUACAUAAAACAAGAGAAAUUUGAAGAAGUAGUGUCCCUCUGUGAGGAGCUGAUUGGCCUUGCACUGAGAGGAUUGUCCUAUUAUCACACUUACGACAGACUGUUUCUGGGCGUCAGUGUUGCAGUUGGUUUUGUGGGAUGGAUGUCUUAUGCGUCUCUGCUAGCCAUCAAGUCUCACUCUAAUCUUCCCAGAGGCAACAGAGAGGAAGGUAAGAAGCCACACCAUGUCCUGCCUUGUAGCUUCAUAGCUACUGGUGUCUUCGUAGCAUGCUUCCUGAUGAUUCAAGCCUGUCCCUGGACUUACUAUGUGUAUUGCUUGCUGCCAGUGCCUAUAUGGUAUGCAGUUCUAAGAGAACGUGAAGUUAUGCAAGACCUGGCCGAAUCCCUGUUGACUUUCCCUCUGAGCCAUUUGGUUGCCUCCCUGCUUGUCUUCGCCUUGGGCAUUGAAGUACUGGUGCUCAGUUUCUUCUACCGCUACAUGUUGACAGCUGGACUGAUUGUGUUUGCAGGUUGGCCGUUUCUCACUCAGCUGUGGACCCGAGCAAAGGUCACCUGCCUGAGUUGGGCGCUCUUCUCUCUGCUUCUGGCAGUGUUCCCACUAAUGCCUGUUGUAGGUAGAAAGCCAAACCUUUCUCUAGUAAUGGGUGCCGGAUUGCUGGUUCUUCUGCUGUCGCUGGCUGUUCUAACAACUCUCAUAAAAAGAAAAAUUAAUUUGGUAAAGGAUGAGCUGUUGGUACUUCUGUUACAGAUGCUGAGUACGGUGCUCUCUAUGUAUGUGGUGUACAGCACCCACUACAGUCUGUUAAAGAAAGAAGGCCUGCCUCUUAUGAAUCAGAUUGUGAGCUGGGCAACAUUAGCCUCUUCCCUGGUGGUACCACUCCUGAGUUCCACAGCUCUCUCUCAGCGGCUGGCCAGCAUACUUCUCUCCCUGAUGUCGACCUACCUGCUCCUAAGCACAGGGUAUGAAGCUCUCUUUCCUUUAGUGUUGUCCUGUUUGAUGUUUGUGUGGAUACACGUGGAACAAGAGACCCUUCAACAGCCUGGUGUUUACUGUAAACAGAAGCUUACCAGCAUCCAGUUCACCUGGAGCACUGAUAUAGCUCAGUUCCGACAGCUCCAUCUGGAUGACAUCCGUAGGGCCUUUUUCCUCGUUUUCUUUUUAUUAACUGCAUUUUUUGGAACUGGAAAUAUAGCUUCUAUUAACAGCUUUGACCUCGCCUCUGUGUAUUGCUUUCUGACGGUGUUUAGUCCUUUCAUGAUGGGAGCGCUCAUGAUGUGGAAGAUUUUAAUUCCUUUUGUUCUUGUGAUGUGUGCUUUUGAAGCAGUUCAGAUAACUACACAGCUGUCAUCAAAAGGCCUUUUUCUUGUUGUUCUCAUCAUAUCAGACAUCAUGGCUUUGCAUUUUUUCUUCUUGGUCAAGGAUUCUGGCAGCUGGCUUGAUAUCGGAACAAGCAUCAGCCACUAUGUGAUUGUCAUGUCCAUGACCAUCUUUCUGGUAUUUCUUAAUGGCCUGGCACAGUUGCUCACAACAAAGAAACUCCAACUGUGUGGCAAACCCAAAAGCCAUUUUAUGUGAUGUUGGUGAAGCCAUCAGUCAGCAUCUGCAUCCUGAUUCUCCUUCUUAAAGAAAAGUCCCACCAAGGAUUCAAGAAAAUGGAUAUUGGACCAACGAGAUGGCUCAGCGGGUAAAAGUGCUUGUUGAACAAGCUGACAACCUGAGUUUGAUCCCUAGAACCUACGCGGGAAGGAGAAAACAGACUUCUAAAGGAUGUCGUUUAGCCUCCAAGUACAAGCUGUCUCGCGCACACGCACACACACACACAUACACACACACACACCAUGCACUUACACAUAUGUCCUACACAUAUACAUGAUAACACUGUAAUUUUAAGAGAUGAUGGAUGAUAAUGCACAGUACAUUCUCUUCUAGAGAAUGUUGCAUCUGGCAUUCUGGAUUUACAGGUGUUGUGAAAUAAUGGUCUUUCUUUUGUCUGACAGCUUUUUUCCUAUAGCCCUUUGCUCCUCUCUGUCAGCUUUAUGUUACUGUGUGGACAAUACUGGCACCCUCCACAGUCCUCCCCAACAGGUUGCAACAUAAACCCAGCAUUGACUUGCUUUUUUGGUAGCUCCGACUGCUGGAGCAUGUGAUAAGUACAUGUGGUGCAGGAGCAUGUGACAGUCUGGGAUGUACUGAGCCUCAGAGCAGAGCUGUGUGCCAGGUGUGCCAGCUCUGCUCCUGCAGUACAAUGGCUUGUGCCUCUCUGUGCUGCUUCCAGGCCUCUCACAGCCAGCCAGCUAGCAAUGCUUUCACCUUUACAGUUUGUCAGUUUCUGCAUCAUCUUCAAAUUUGGGGGGACUCUGUGGCUUUGUUGGUUAUUGUUUCAGUGUCACUCCCCAAAUCAGUGGCUAUAGUUUCCUGACAGUAUCACAAAGACUCAAAUUAACUUACUGCUCUUUUGUCUUGAUAGUCUAGCUAGACCAAAGGCCGGCCCUCUUAUUAGACUGAGCUUUCCUUUUGUAUAUUCCAGUGUAUGAGGUAAUUUGAAAGUAAUUUUUAUUUGGGUUUUCUAUAAAGUGACCUAUACAUUGUAGAGUUGCCUAUACAAUACUGUUAAGUGCUUGGCUAAUAUUUUGCUGGUAUAUGUCCCAUUUAAAAAAUAAUUGCCUUUUUGAUUCAAGUUAUGAUGUUACUAGUCUAUAUUGGUAACCAAAAAGCUCUUUACAAGUCAUUAAAUUUUUCAAAUUGACAGGUAAGGAAAUACGUAUCUAGAUGAGUAAGCUCAGCUGAGCAAAAUAUACUUUAUUUUCUACUGAUACAGAGGAAACCCAUUAUAGUGCAUUAAGUGAGAAGUACUGGUCCUAGCACAGGCCCCAGCAUCACUGGGGAACAGUCUAGGUGGCAGCUAAAGAGCUACUGCAGCAAUGCUGACACGGGCAGAACCCUCAGGUGACUUCUGAGCCCAUUGUGUGAACACUUACCAUUUGCCUUUGUACAAUUUAAUUCACAUUCCUUUUCUACAGAGAUUGUGAGAUGCCUAACAUGGGCACUGAGAAACUCGGAUCCUCUGCAAGAAUAAUAUUUACUUUUUAAGUACUGAGACAUCUCUUUAACUCCAGAGUUAAUGUUUUUAAACUAACAUUGUAAAUGGUGCUUUCUGCCUUGUGUGUUUCAUUUUGUUCCCCACAGUAUGCUCAUGCCCCUAGGUUGUGUCCAGUCUGUAAAAGGCACGCUUCUGCAGAUAUAGGACUCGCAGCUGCACUCAGCCACACUCAUACUCCCUGGGAGACACUCUUCCCUCUGGCACAGUGUUUCUCAUAUCUUGAAGUGUUUGGUUUUUUUUUUUUGUUUGUUUUUUUUUUUUUUUU